GGGAAAUUAAUAGGACCUACAGUUUCCUUUUAUCAACACAAGGAUCCACCACCUACGCCAACAACUCAUAAACGUACAUCAAAACGUGCACACGUAUCAGAUCACACUGCAGCGGCCAUUGAAUUAAGCGUGAGUGCUAAUGUGCCUCCAGCACCUGCAGCUGGCAUGUACUGGUCAAGAGCAAUGACCUAUGGCAAGUACCCGACCAAGCCAUUGCGUGCACACACAGCUAAUCUUAUCGGUGAAUAUCUUUAUGUGUUUGGUGGAUGUGAUAUGAAGACUUGUUUUAAUACACUUUAUGUAUUGGAUAUGGAUACACUCACUUGGUCAAAACCUCGUACAACCGGACAAGCACCACCUCCUUGUCGAGCCCAUUCUUGUACAACAGUCGAACGAGUCUUAGGACCAGGCAAGAAGUCAUAUAGUCUUUAUGUCUUUGGUGGAGGCGAUGGACCCAAUUAUUUUAACGAUGUAUACAUUUUAAAUAUAGAUACACUUACUUGGGUUAAGCCCAAAGUGGAAGGCGAACCUCCUUCACCGAGGAGAGCACAUACAACUUGUUUAUGGAACCAAAAAAUUAUUGUGACUGGAGGAGGCGAUGGUGCGCGUGCGCUGGCGGACGUGCAUGCCUUGGACAUUUCAGACCCUCAUGCCCUAAAAUGGACACAAUUACAUCCUCAGGGGACACCGCCAAUUGCUCGAGGAUACCACACGAGCAACUUGGUGAAAGAUAAACUUAUUAUCUAUGGCGGCAGUGACGGACACGAGUGUUUUAGCGAUGUUCAUGUCUUGGAUUUAUUUGCCAAUCGAUGGUGUCAGAUCGAGUUGAACCGUCCUAUUCCUCGCUUGGCUCAUUCGACAACCCAAGUGGGGUCCUAUCUGUUUGUGACAGGUGGAUACGAUGGAAGCAAGUAUUCCAACGAGGUCCUGCUGCUAAAUUUGGUGACUAUGAGUUGGGAAACAAGAAAGAUUUAUGGAAGUCCGCCUAGUCCAAGAGGUUAUCAUACAUCCGUCCUUCAUGAUUCAAGACUUUAUUUGAUAGGUGGAUAUGAUGGUAGACAUGUAUUUGAAGAUGUUUAUAUGCUAGAACUAAGUGCGUGUGCUUACUUGCCACAGAUCACCAAUUUUGAAAUUGACGUGUGACCAGCAUAAUAAAACUUUUUUUU